CUUUGAUUCUUCUUGAGGAUAUGAAUCAAAAACUGCCUAUUUGCAACCUGAACUGUUUUUUCUUGACUGAAAUGAAAUGUCAAUGCUUUUAUGCUGACUGGGUAUAGGGUAUACACUACUAUUUGAGCAGCCCUCCAAGCCAAUUGCUUUCGCUCAAAUUCUUGAAUUUCCAGUUGCCCUUAAUUCUCUGGUGCUGAUUGGAGCUUCUGGAUUCAAGUUUCAUCGAAUUUUCAGUCAAGAAUUUUGUUUUUGGUGUACUGUAUAUAUGUCAUCAGUCAGUAGGGAUUGAGGGGCUGGAUUGAUCAGCAGAUUUUACAGUAGUUUUUUUCCAUGGAAAGUGAGAUAUCAUUGAAAGAGAAGGGAGGAAACUUUGAUGUUGUUGUGGAGAUUCAGGGUCCGGGGUCCGAAGAAAAUCCAGGGAAAGCUUCUGAUUUUCAAGAAAAUGGCGAUUCUGAAUCCAUGGAGCAAUUGACCAGAGUUCAAAUGAACUUGUUCACCAGCACUUCUGCUCCUGCUCAGGUGAACAUGACAAGUCAAAAUCCAACUCCACCAGCACAGAUAAUCAUUCCAAGUCAAAUUCCAGCUCCUGUUACAGACCUCUCUGGGAAACCACCAACGGCACCUGCCAUGAGGCGAAGAACUCUGACAAAAUCAGCUUAUUCUAAGCCUAAAUCAAGAAUUGUUGAGCCUCAAUUGUCAACCAACUCGAAGCCAGCUGAGGAGAAUGCUCAAACUACCCCUGCAAAGUCACCUGUUAUCAGUUCACCAAGCAUGGUUUCUCCUUCCUUAAAAGCUAAUCCUAAUAGCACUCCAAAAACGUCGGCCCCGAUCACGCCAAAGACGCCUUUGAUGGCGUCUGUUGGAGGAGACGAUGAUGGUGAUGAUGAAGAUGAUGAUAAGGUGUACGAAACUGAAAACGUUAAGCUUGACCAGGUGAAGAGAGGUAAGAAAGUGAAAGUGAUGGUUAUCAUUGAAUGGACUGCAUUUGUAUGCAUAAUGGCUGUUCUUAUUGCUAGUUUAACAGUUAACAAGUUAAAGGGUUUCUACAUUUGGAGCUUGGAAUUGUGGAAAUGGUCUGUGCUGGUGUUGGUAAUCUUUUGUGGUCGUCUGUUCACGGAAUGGUUAACCAAUGCACUUGUUUUCUUGAUCGAAAGGAACUUUCUGCUCAAGAAGAAGGUUUUAUAUUUUGUGUUUGGCUUGAAAAAGAGUGUCCGCGUUGUCAUUUGGUUGGCCCUGAUUCUUCUGGCAUGGGCUCUGCUGAUCAACCGAGGGGUUAAAAGAUCGGAGGAAACCUCUAGAGUUCUAAACUAUAUAACUAGAGGUAUUGUAUCUACUCUUGUUGGGGCAGUACUGUGGAUGGUGAAGACUUUACUGGUCAAAUUGGUAGCUUCAUCUUUUCAUGUUAGAACAUACUUUGACAGGAUUCAAGAAUCCAUAUUUCAUCAGUAUAUUCUUCAGGCCUUAUCCGGGGCUCCAAUUGUGGAAAGCGAUGCUGCUUCUAGAAUUAGCGGGCAAUUGAGUUUCAACAAACUGAAAACAGGAAAGCAAGAGAAGAGCAGUGAGGUGAUAAACAUAGAUAAACUUUACAAGAUGAAACGGGAGAAGGUUUCCGCUUGGACCAUGGGAGGGCUGAUUAGAGUGAUAAGGAAUUCAGAACUGCCGACUAUCUCUGAGGUACUUGAUGAGAGUGUUGAGGAAGAAUCUGAAGGGCCGAAAGUAAUUACAAGUGAGGUUGAAGCAAGAGAUGCUGCCAAUAGAAUAUUUAGGAAUGUUGCAAAGCAUAACCACAAGUACAUUGAUGAAGACGACCUCUUACGUUUCAUGCCAAAAGAAGAAGUCGACAAUGCUAUUCCACUAUUUGAAGGGGCCGCAGAGUCAAGACGUAUUAAAAGAUCAGCCUUCAGAAAUUGGGUGGUGAAGGCCUAUAAUGAGAGAAAAUGCCUAGCAGUGUCACUGAACGAUGCCAAAACAGCAAUAGAGGAACUAAACAAGAUUGCUUCAGCAUUCGUACUGCUUGUGAUAGUUAUACUAUGGUUACUUCUGAUGGAAAUAACAACCACCAAAGUUUUGGUCUUCAUUUCAUCACAACUUUUACUUGUCGUCUUUAUGUUUGGAAACACUGCUAAAAUGAUUUUUGAAGCCAUCAUAUUCGUAUUUGUGGUGCACCCGUUUGAUGUUGGUGAUCGAUGUGUUGUUGAUGGCGUGCAGAUGGUAGUGGAUGAGAUGAAUAUUCUGAGCACAAUCUUUCUGAAAGCCGACAAUGAAAAGGUGUGCUAUCCUAAUGCAGUUUUGGCUACCAAACCGAUCAGCAACUUUAACCGAAGCCCAGAGAUGGGCGAUGCUGUGGAGUUCGCUGUUGAUUUUAACACUUCAGUUGAGAGCAUCGCUGCUUUGAAAGCCAAAAUAAAAGCAUACUUGGAGAGUAAGCCUCAGCACUGGAGUCCCAACCACAGCGUGCAGAUCAAGGAAAUCGUGGAUGUGAACAAGAUGAUAAUGGCCCUCUACGUAUCUCACACCAUAAAUUUCCAGAACGCUGGAGAGAAGGGCAACCGUAGAUCUGAUCUAGUGUUUGAACUCAAGAAAAUAUUUGAGGAGCUCGGCAUUAAAUACCGUCUUCUCCCUCAGGAAGUGCAGAUCAAUUAUGUUGGGGAAGCAAUGCCGAUGCCUGGUACUGUUGCACGGUGAUGAAAUUUUGCUUGGGAGUGUAAUUCUUUCUUUCUUUUGCGUAGUGGGGUUACUAGUUGUCUCUUUCCUUGGAGAUCUGCAAGUCCUUUUUGAUAAUGUUUUCACCUCACAAAAGCAACAAAGUGACAGUCUGAAACUAUCCAAACUUCAUCAACAUUUAGGCUAAAUUCUAUUUUACCCCUGUAUUUUGU